AUGAAGAGCCGAAGAUGGCGGCAGCUUGCGGCGAUGGACCUAACCAACGGACAACUCACACCAAACAACAACACGCCCUUGCUAACGCAAGCUCUCUCUGUGAUGAACAACUACCAAGCAGCACAGGCCGGGUUUCAGCCAGCCUCUCCACACGGGGCAGGAGGCCACGGGGGGCCCCAGGGCCGAUCAUUUCCCGCGGCGAACUCUCCUGGGCCAAUAGACAUGUACAGUUCGAGCGCAGCAGCCGCAGUGGCAGCCGCAGCUGCGGAUUCAGCGGUCGCCAGCUAUGUCCAGGCUGCAAAUAGUCCGCAGCCCCCUACAACCGCGUUUCCCGCGAUCGCAGUAUCUCGCGCCCCGCUCAACUACAGUCCCGGUCCACUGAUACCGGCGGCGUUCACUAAUGGCUACCAUUGA